AUGCCCAUCGGAAGCCUCUUCGACACACCUGGCUGCGCCAUGCCGCUCUACCCACUGUUCCACAAAACUAUUCGCCAUGCCAACCAGACAGACAUCAGUCUUCGUUGGCGCUGUCCUGGUCGUAGAGCUACAGUCGUCUAUCGCCGCGGACGAGCCCUCUACUUGAACGUGACCAGACUUUCGGAGUACUACGGUGUGGAAUCGGCGGCGCAUGCGGUGUGCACGUACCGCGAAGUGCUCAGAAAUGAGACCUCGGGUGUGCCUCACGACAUGGGCUACAAGCUGGGACCCAGCCAAACCAUGAAUUUUGGUGAAAACUUGGACGAGGAGUUCGUGGCUGUCGAGUGCGUAGCGGGCAUAGAGACCCUUUUCACUGAUUACUUCUUCAUUCCACAACUGAAAAACAUUAGUGACGGAAAGGCCGGAAAGCCGAGAAAGGGCCUCAUGAAUGUGCUUGUUCUGGGCAUAGACUCCACGUCACGGAUGAACUUCAAUCGUCAUAUGAAGCGGACGCGGCAGUUUCUUUUAGGAGAGCUGAAUGCGUUCGAGCUCCUUGGCUACAACAAGGUGGGCGACAGCUCCUUCGGCAACCAGAUACCGCUGCUCUUGGGAAAGCCUGCGGACGAAGUGAAACGAAUCUUUCGUGAACGCAAUUUAGACGAUUUGCCGCUGCUGUGGAACCUCUAUUCGGCAUUAGGGUAUGCCACUCUAUUCCUGGAAGAAAUGCCCUGCUACGGUUUAUUCACUUACCCGAACUACCGGGGUUUCUGUAAGCCACCAACCGACUAUUACCCCGUGCCCAUUUUGCAUGCUAUGGAAGAAAACGGAGGCAUCGACAUCUAUUGCGCAGGCUCACGCCUGAAGACACAGGUAUUACUCGAGUACCUAAGAGAUGUUCUCGAGUUGAACGCCGACCACGGCAUCCCGCUGUUCUCGUAUGUCUGGCUCUCGGACAUCCCGCACAGCAACGACCACGCACUGCUAGUGCUGGAUGAUCCUGUACAUGAUCUACUACGAAACAUGCAAAAACGGCGUGCUUUCAGAGACACCGUGCUUGUCAUGCUGAGUGACCACGGUGCCAGGUUUGGCAGCAACCGCGCCACGGUCAUCGGUCGUCACGAGGACAAGACGCCGUUCGGAUACUUGGUGCUGCCACGCAGCUUCCUAAGCCGUCAUCCCGGAGCCGCUGUUAAUUUAGAGGUGAAUCAGCGGCGUUUGGUUACAGCGUACGAUGUUCACUCUACCCUCGUGGAUCUGUUGCGCUACACCAGCUCUGCCUCGGAGGCAUCUUUAACCGCAAAUCGGGGUCUGAGCCUUCUUGAUCAAGUACCUCCACACAGGAGCUGCAGCGACGCAUUUGUGCCAAUAGAAUUCUGUGAAUGCAUCGGAGCUGGAGCAUACUUGGAUGAACAGUCAAGUCAUGUGCAGUCAUUUGCCAAGUUCUUAGUGGAAUACCUCAACAGCCUCAACGAGGCCAACUUUCCUACUAUGUGCGCAAGGUGGCAGUUGGGGAGCGUGACAGACGCCUACGUCUUGGAUGGUCGGUGGAGCAGCGUCAUAACCAUGCGGGUGGUGAUUGUCACUCAGCCAGUAGCCCACUUUGAGGCCUACGGUGAAGUGCACGACGGCAAUGAAGAGUGGCGAGUGCUGUUUGUGCAGAGGCUGGACUGGUACGCCAACCAGACCACAUGCCUACCACCGAGCCUCUGGCAGAAGCUGUGCUACUGUGCAACCACUUAG